AUGAACAACACGAAGGAUCACAGAGGGGUCAUAAACGUGCUCUCCCUGCUGCUCGCGUUGUUUCUGAUCAAAGAAUACUACACGCUGUUUGACCAACGAAAUGUAAAAAAUAUUUAUCGCUUGCUGCACGUACACAAUCCGCUAUUCACAUGCGUCAUCUUCGUUUUGAUAGGCACACGGUCGAUCCUGCUGUACGCAAGGACGAACUUGCCAUGUCUCAUCGUGAGCGAGAUCAUCAUCUACUACCUGAUUUAUACGCAGACCCACGGCAUAGUAUCGUGCAAUACAACUCUGCUGUCCAUGAUUAAUUUCAUGAAAUUGUAUUCAUUUAUUUUCGAAACAACGAAUUGCGGCAAAACGGUAGAGCACGUGAUGGAGAAUGGAAGCAGCAGUGCUACACGGAGCGUGGACCACAGCAGAAAUGUGCAGAGAACCGAAGAAAAACAGGACGAUGUCCCUCCUGAGAUAGAGUUGACAUAUUUUAUCAGAUUUCUGUUUCUGCCAACGCUUUGUUUCUCCGAUGCUGCACGACGCAGGAAGAGAAGCGUGCCAGCCCUGUUUCACAAUCUUUUGAUGGCAUGCAUUUUCUUUUUGCUUGCAAACUUUCUCGUUGCAUUUUACAUUGUGCCUCUCCUUGAACAGCACACUGUAUUCGAUUUUUUAACCGACAUAUCCGUCUUCGUUCGGGUGUCUGCAACCUCGUUCAUCUUCUGGAUCGCGAUGUUUUUGUUCUUUUUCAAGUACUAUCUGUCAUUUCUCGCCGAAUGCACGAAUUACGAGAAUAAAAUCUUCGGUGAAUGGUGGAAUGCGCAGUACUUCAGAGAUUUUUGGCGGCUGUGGAACAUACCGACACAUGAUUGGCUUAGAAGGUACGUUUUUGCGCCAUUUUAUCUCCUGUUCAAAUCCAAAUGGCUCAGCUCUCUGGUAGUGUUCAUUAUUUCUGGUGUUCUACACGAGAUCGUGUACAUCCUAACCUUUAAAAAGAUAGGUGUGGUUGUGUUUAUGAGCAUUUUAUCGCAGUUUCUUUUCAUAUACCUGGAGCAUGCGCUGUUCGGUCCAGGAAACUUGCUGUUCUGGUUCCUUUUCUGCUUUAUCGGACAGCCGAUAUUUUUGUUGUCGUUGCGGAAAAAGAUUCUGUCUGUCGUGUCUAUAAAGGUUUGAGUAUCUGUUAUUUUUUAUAAAAGCACC